AUGCCUGCCUUUCAGGCCAUCAACCUCGAGCCCGAAGAGAAUGUCGACGAGCAGAUUGAUACCACCAAGGAGCUUCAUGUCGACGAGGCCCUCAAGCGCUUCCAAACCGCGCUGAAGCUCCAUGCCCAAGGCCCUCGAGCUCGCGAAGCAGCCGCCGCUGCCUACAAGGAACUCUUUGCGUCCGAGAUAUUCGACUAUAGAGAAGCGAGAACCGACUACGAACGCGCCGAACGACAGGCUGAUGGCCGCCCCGAUGUGUCUGCUCUCGAGUCCUUUUACGCCGGCCUAGACAUUGACGCUGGGGGAGCCGAUGGUGUUGCGGCCAGCCUGUCGCAAGCUCUAUAUCUUUCGUACAAGAACUACGGCCAGUUCUUCCUUGAUAAGCUCAAGGAUGAGUGCAAGUCGGACCCAGAAUGGCAGAAGAAGAUUCGGCUGCGCUACAAUGACGAGCUAGCGAGCAAGGUUCUCGACAACUGGACGGCCGCGCUGGACCAGGAUCCCUCGGACCCGGAGCUAUGGAGGAGGGCUGCUCGCUUCGCGGCUUCCAUGAACAGCGGCCGCAUCAAGCGAUACUGCUUGGAGGCGGCUGUCGAACUGGACGAUGACCCCGCCAUCAUGGAGGUUGAGCCGCCUUCCCUAGCCGAGGGGCUUGCUGGUCAGCAACUGAAGGAACAUCUGCAAGUGCUCGACGACAACAUGUCCCUGUCACACCCCGUGAUGGCGCCAUGGCUCAACAUGGAGAUGCCGGCCCUCAUCAAGCGACACUUGGACCCUAUCCCUUUUCUGCCCGACCCGACCUCGACCCUGACGCCGCUACCUUCGGGCGCCGAACCACCGAGAGCUAUCGGCGAUGGACCCGAAGACGGCCAAGAGUCUGCAAACGAGGAUGUCGCGGAAGCCAUCACAAGCUGGCCAGACUUUGGUCUCGAACUAAUGAAGUGUCUCCAGGAUACCAGCGGCGCCUUGCAUGCCUGCCGGCAGGUGCUGAAAGCAGCCCAAGAAGACGCGGACAUGGCCGAAGCCGAUGAGCACAAGAAAAGUCAACCAGACGCAGAGACCAGCACCGCCGACGAAAAGUCAGCGGAGGCCGACGCAAAAGAAAAGUCGAAGCAACUGGAGCGACAGACAUCCAACAUCACCGACGAAGGCUCAAAGGCGUCUGAGCCAUCGCAGAAAGAGCGCGAAACCUCCAUUUCCACGAGAAAGAGAUCCCAGUCAACAGCAGGACUUCCUGAGGCGACCGAAGACAACGGCGCCGAGAAGCGUAGCAAACGUGUCCGCAGGCGAACCGAGACAAAGGACCUCGAGGAAACCACCGACCCCAGCACCCUCAUUGCCAACCAAAUCCAGCCGUACCAGGAAGUCGACUCAAAUCUAUUCCAGAUGACGAAAAACAUACUGGAGAGCCUCGGCGUCGAGGACAAAGACACCCUUGACUGCCUGCAGGAGCUGCUAGACUCUUGUACCGUCGAGGACAGACCCUCCAAGGUCACGCGGCGGGGAGCCUUGGACCUGCGCAGCAUCAUGACCGGCUUCAGCGAGGAGACAGCCAUGGUGCUGCUGAACAAGAAGGAGCAAGCGACUCUAGGUCUUUCAUCAUUCCUCGAACACGCCAAAUCAGGAUCCCAGGAGAAGCCCCAAGUGCCGCCCUUCAAAGAAUCUCAGGGGCUGAGGAAGUUUGCCGAGCGAGUGUCCAAGCACCAAGACUGGAUGACGAGCGAUGACAUUGCUUUUGAAUGGGUGCGGUCCAUGAGCGAGAGUUACGCCGAUUCGAAGUGGUCUGACCCCAUGAAAGUCGCUGUUGUUCAGAUGCUCAACCGCGCGGAUGCGAUACUUUAUGAGCGCAUCAUUGGGCAGUUUGAGAUGUUUGCCGAUGCGCCGGACAGGCUGACAGACCUGGAGACGCUGGUGCCGAUGCUGUUCGAGCUGCAUCUCGACAUAUACGAACGAAUCACGAAUCCCAGCAGCGCGGUCGACUAUGCCACCCGCAUGGAGACCAAGUACCGACUGGACCGUUGGCUAGACGUCGCCUCGACCUAUGUGCGGCUGCUUGGUCGUCCUGACCAGGAUCCUCUGUGCGUGCGGUUCCUUUGGGCAUCGGUAUUGGCCUCCUCUCUGGCAGAUAAUCCAGUUCGGGAGCACAUCCUGUUGCUUUGGACAUCGCUCCGCGACUUCUUGACUGCGGAAGACAUUGCGCAGGUCGACUUGCCAAACAACGUGGUCAUGCCGACCAUCUCAGCCGCUGCCGCGGAUCGCGAGAUCUCCAAGCUCACAACCAUGGACUUUUUCCUUGGAUUAUUCCAGGAAGAGAUGGAGGAUCCGGUGCACGUCAUUGAGACUCUGGAGCCUGUUCUGAACCCGUCAUCAGUCUACAUCUCGAAAGAGUCGCCUAGAAGCUCGGCAGGGCCCGAUGAGACGUCACCGGAAGACAAGCCAGUGGAUGGACCUGACGAGCAGUCGGGAGACCAAAAGCCAGUGGAUGGGCGCCCCAUAUCGGAGUGUGCAAACCAAGGGCUCCGCGAUCUGUGGAAGUUCUUGCUCAAUAGCAGCACGGAGCUGCGGCUCUUUCUGUGGUCACGGCUGGGAGACGCUUAUGCCAAGAUCCAGUAUCCCACGAAGCGGUUCUCGUGCCUUCUGAAGAGCAUCGAGAUGAUCGUCGCAGACCUCGAAGGGGACACGUACGCGCAGACGCCGGACGAGUCUCGCAGGCUCCUCUUCAUGAGGACUCUGAAGUCCCUCGACGAGCUGCUCAUCCAGGCCCUCUCCACCGCGCUCAAUGACGGAAGUGCCUUUGACAUCAUCGAUGACGAUCACAUCCGAUCCAGCAGCUGUGCCAUUGCAAAGGUCAGCUGUCUGCUUCAUGUCGCCCCUCUGUGCGAAGACGAGGCCCGGAUCGGCAUGACCACCGCCCCCUCCAACAACAGCACCUUCAUGAGCCUUGUGAACAAGCUGCGAGAGAUGCAGGUGCGCGCCUGGUCCCUGCAGUACACCCUGUUCAAGGCCGCGCUACCCCAGCAGGAGAGCGUCAUCUCACCUGAGAACGACCUGGCCGACUUUCUCGCCGCGGUCCAUCGAGCCAUCGGCCUGCGCAAGUUCUGCAAGGCGUCCAACAAGAUCUUCUUGAAGAUGAUGCGCCUCGAGCUGCUGAAGUUUAAGAACAUUGAAAACUGGGAGGACCAUCUCGGCCAGGUACUUUAUGACCUGCACGGGCUUAAGCUGGGCGUCGGCGUCUGGGAGGUGCAGGACCACGGCUGUCCCUACGACAAGCUGGAGAAGCGUCAGUCCAUGCAGCUGGUGGAGAAGAUCAUGACACUUGCGAAUCGCAUGCCCAUGAAGGACCUCCUCAAGUCCGACCUCAAGACCACGAUCGAGCACAUGCAGCAGACCAUUGGGCAGCCCAAGUCCACGCCGCAGAUGUACCACAACCUACGCAACUUCACCGAGAUUCUCAAGAAGCCCAUCCACCCGCUUCGCCUCUACCAGGCCCUGUCUGGCGGCGUGGCGGUCGACUCGGUCACCGCCAAUGUGCCCGAGGCGGCGCUGGCCAAGUUUGGCUGGUUCUUCCUGCUAGGCAUGAUUGCCUUGACCAAAUUCAAGGGCGUCGACCUCAACCGCCGCCAGACGCCGGGCGCCACGGAUGAUCUGCGCAUCGGCGCGACGUUUCUGCGACUGCAGUUGCAGUUCACCGCGGAUAACUGGGAGGCAUGGUUUCGCCUUGCGGAGUGCUUUGAUUACGAGCUUGACGAGUCGGUGCUCUGGUCGGCGGACAAGAUGAACAAAGACCGCGCGGAGCUGGUCAAGUUCCAACGCAAUGCCAUCCAUUGCUACACGCUGGCGCUGUCCCACUCGCGACACUUGGAGAUUGGCGUCAACGAUAGCGACCCCCUGCACGAUCUCUACCACAAGUUCGCCAUGCGCUUGUAUUCGUCGAGCCGCGAGCCCUUUGCCAUGGAGCCUUUCAAGCACUCGGACCAGGAGCGUUUCUUCAUAGAAAACAUGGGCGCGGGCACGUUCAAGAAGAUCCUCCAUGACGAAAUGUCCGAGUACAAGGUUUGGAAGUUUGCGGCCAAGCUCUUCCGAAUGGCCAUGGCGCGGAGGCCUGCUAACUGGAAGAACUCGUACAUGCUGGCCAAGUGCUACUGGAAGAUGUUCCAGACGCCGGAGGAAAAGCUGGACGUGACUGACCGGAAGGCGAGGGUAACGACGACUCUAGUCGUUGACUCUCUGAAGAAGUCGAUUGAGGUGGCCACCAACGCCCAAAAGUCACGCCGCAGCGACCCCAUCCUGGAGCCACAUUACAAGAUUGCCUCUGUCCUGCACAAAAUGGUCACCCGGGGUGACAUGCCUGCAAAGGAAGCAGCAACGACGCUGUCAGAGCAGCCAUUUGGUGUGCCGCUGUACCCCGAGGACCACUAUGCGGCCUUCUCCGAACCAGAAGACUGGGAAGAAUACAUUAUUCGCAACCUUACCAAGCUCCGCGACAAGGACAAGUCUAACUGGCACCAUCGGAUCGUGAUGCGGCACGCCCGGAUCCUGUUCGAGGAGGGUAAGUCACUCAACGAGGGCGAGGGCGAUGGCUUAGUCGAGGCCAAGGCUGCCUUUGCCAUCCUCAAGGAGAACAUGUUCACCAAGACAAUGGUCAUGAAUGUGUGGAAGUGCGAUGCCGAGCGGCCGGGCCGACACUACGUCUUCACAGAGCAGUACGUGCGCUUCAUGACGAAGCUGCUCCUCAUUAUGGAUGACCGCACCAACCUCGAGCUUUUGCUCCGACGGCUGCGAAAGAAGGGGGCCGACUUUUACCACUUCACGGACCUUUGGGCAACCUGCUGCAUGGCUUACAUCAAGCUCCUUCGCGCCGCCUACAAGGUUCCGCCGGCCUCGGAUGACGCAUACAAAUCGCUGUCGACCGAGGAGUUUGAAAUCAUCAGCGAGCGAAUUACGGAAUGGGCUGCUGGAGAUGGCCCUCACAUCGAGGAGCUCGCCUGUAUGAAGGAAGCAGUGGAACUGAAGAAACUGAACGUCAACCUCAUGAAGGCGACGCCGAUCGACGACCUCAUCAACGACUGCUACACCAAGAUCUACCUCGACGUCGCGCCCACGCUGCCUGGGGUGGAGCCGAGCAAGAUCAUUGCCGAGAGGAACCACGCCAAGGAGGUCGCCGCUCAGCUAGAAGCCGUCGCGCAAGCCGACGCAAAGCAGCCCAAGUCUUUGAGCAGCCUGCUCAACCCAACCAACGGGCAAGACAGCGCGGCAGGAAGCGCCACACCCCUCGACGCCGACAAGUCCGAGGCUGCGCCGCGGGCCAGGAAAGGAGUGAGGCGACCUGACAUCCUCCGCAAGGCAGAACAGGCCGUCGUCCGCGCGAUGGAGAUGCCGAAGCCGGUCACGACCAAGAGCCGCGUCGGCAGCAUGUCCAGCAAGCGCGGCAGCCAGACCCCAGCCAUGGCGCUCAGCGAUGCCGGCAGCGACGAGGACGACGAUGAAGGCCCUGACGCUCAGGUUCGUCGCGAGGCGGCGGAGAACCUCGACGAGGAAAUGCCGGACGCGGACGGGCACGACGAGGCCGAGGACGACGGUCACGAUGACUCUCGGGCCGACAAGGAGCACGACACGGAAGUCGGCAGCAUCCACGACUCUGCAGACGACGAAAGCGACUUGAGCGAUGUUCCCGAAGGCUACGACGAGGAGGUCCCGCCUGGUCUUUUGUUUCCCAAUCUGAGCCGAGCCCACGAAAGCGGUGAAACGAGCGGCGAAGAGGCUGGCAGCGAGAGUGAGGGCGAAGGCGGAGACGAAGCCGAAGAAGCCGAUGAAGACGAGGCUGAGGAGCACGAGGGUGCCGAAGGGGAGCACGAAGAGCAAGAGGGCGAGCACGAGCACGAAGACGAGGAAGACGGCGGCGACGUGGAAGACGUUGCGCACGAGGAUGAACGCGAGGACGAGGAGGAGGACGACCCCGAAGAUGAGCAUGUGGAUGAGCACGAGGACGAAGUCGAGGGUGAGCAUGACGACGAGGAAGAAGCCGAAGAGGUUGGCGAAGACGAGGACGAUGAAGAAGACGUGGAGGGCGAGGACGAGGAUGAGGCCGAGGAAGGGGAGGAGGAAGAGCUCGGCAACGACGACACCGAGAUGGGUGAGGCCGACGCCGAGGACGGCUCAGACCAGGACACGACCCAGGCGUAG